UGGUCCGAAUACUUGAGACAGUUGGAAAGCAGAUAGAGAGACAAGCGGAGAGAGAAACACUUGACUGGAGGUAUAUCGGUCCAGCGGAGGAGUACGGCCAUCGAGACCACGGUCCAGAUACGACAGCGUCUGUCCGUGAGAAGGUGCUGGACAGGAGCAGGACGUAAGUGCUGACGGAUUGGUGCAGAAGGGCGCAGCGGGGGGGCAGAGAGGUGAGCGCAUGAGGAGAGGGCGUCCCAAGACCCCCGUCUCCACACUUCGCGCUCGCACACACACAUUCGCGGACACACCGCACCUAGCAACCCUCCAGCCACCAUGAGGUCCAUUCGGUCGUUCGGGAACGAUGACCGUCACGUCAUGGCCAAGCACUCCACCAUCUACCCUUCCUCUGAGGCCCUGGAGGCCGUGCAGAGCCUCGUCUCCACUGUAGAGCGCGCCCUGAAACACGUGUCUGAUUGGAUGGACCAAACUCAAGCCAGCCAAUCAAAUCAAUCAAAUUCAGCAAGCACACAGGAGGAGGAGACGGAGGCCAGCGUGGACGAAUUGCCAGAAGGCAGCACAAACGAGGACAGCAGCUGUAGUAGCACUCCCAGUGAAGGACGGGUGUUGUGUGGAGUGAUUAGGAUCGGUCUGGUGGCCAAAGGCCUCCUGAUUAAAGAUGACAUGGAUCUGGAGCUGGUGCUCAUGUGCCGAGAGAAACCCACCGAGACUCUGCUGUGCACCGUCUGUGACAACCUCCCGCAGCAGAUCGAGAAGUUGACAGAGGACAAGUAUGAGGUACAGAGCUCUAUUCCCGAGGCAGCCAUCGUGGUCUGCACUAAGACAGAGCCCAAACUCACGCUGAAGGUGACGCUCAGCUCCCCGCAGAUGAGAGACGACUGCGAGACAGAGGAGCAAGAGAGCGUUGAGUCGAGCGAGCCGGCGGACCUGUUGGAUAGACAGAGGUGCCUGGUGGCGUUGGCCUCUCUGCGACAUGCCAAAUGGUUCCAGGCUAGAGUUAACGGGCUAAAGUCGUGCGUGAUUGUCUUACGAAUACUGAGAGACAUGUGCAAUAGAGUCCCGGCGUGGGAACCUCUGAAAGGAUGGCCUUUGGAGUUAAUAUGUGAAAAGGCCAUCGCCACGUGUAACAGACCUCUGGGAGCAGGAGAGGCUCUGCGGCGGGUCAUGGAGUGUCUCGCCUCCGGCAUACUGCUUCCAGGUGGACCAGGCCUGCAUGAUCCCUGUGAGAAGGAGCUGACGAACACCCUGUCGAACAUGACGGAUGAGCAGGCGGAGGCCAUCACGCACAAUGCACAGCAUGCUCUGCGGCUCAUGGCUUUUGGGCAGAUCUAUAAGGUCUUAGAAAUGGACCCUCUCCCCUCAAGUAAACCUUCACAGAAGUUCCCCUGGUCAGAUAAAGAAGGUCUAGGGCUGAAGAGACCUUAUGAAGAUGGUCUACUGGACGACAAAGACCUCAUCAAGAAGAUGAAACGCAACCUGAGAAAAGCAGUUCUUGACAGUAAAGCAAUAGACUCAAAUCAACCCAUGAACGCUCUGAUGCGCUUGAACCAGAUCCGGCCGGGGCUGCAGUAUAAACUGCUGUCUCAGUCAGGUCCGGUUCACGCCCCGGUCUUCACCAUGUCUGUAGACGUCGACGGCACCGUUUACGAAGCCUCUGGCUCCUCUAAGAAGACCGCCAAGCUGCACGUGGCUGUGAAGGUGCUACAGGCGAUGGGUUACCCCACAGGCUUCGACACAGACCUGGACUCCAUGAGUGCAGACGAGAAGUCGGACGGGGAGGGCAAGAACGAAACGUCCACACACUCAAGCAAUAACACAUCACACUCUUUAGACAGCUCCAACACAUUGGAGGUGCGAACUCAGGGUCCUAUUUUGACGUCCAGCGGGAAGAACCCGGUCAUGGAGCUGAAUGAGAAACGCCGUGGGCUGAAGUACGAGCUCAUCUCAGAGAGCGGAGGAAGUCAUGACAAACGCUUCGUCAUGGAGGUGGAAGUGGACGGGCAGAAGUUUCGUGGUGCAGGGCCCAAUAAGAAAGUAGCCAAAGCCAGCGCUGCCCUCGCAGCUCUAGAAAAACUCUUCUCCGGGCCUAAUGCUGCUGGCAACAAGAAGAAGAAAAUAAUCCCUCAGAGUAAAGGGGCAUUAGCUGCAGCCGCUGCUGUGUCUGCCGUUGCGGUUCAGGCAGCACGAGGGCGAGGAAGACCCACCCUCACGCGAGGAGCUUUCGUCAGUGCUGCGGCAGCACCUGGAUACGUCACACCAGGCUUCGGAGCCCCAUACGGGUACAGCGCAGCGGCCGCCACUCCUGCAUACGGUGGUCUUUUCAUUGACAAUCCCUUUUACCAGCCGCGGACCAUCGCUCCUUUUUUUAUUCACUUGGGUCCUCAAGAUCUCUUCUCUGACUUCUAGAACCAUCAGGUUGUGUGGCUCUAAACUGUCGUACCACCCCAGGCUUGACCAGGCUGUCUCCACCGCACAGAAACGGCCCAAACUUCAUUCACUCUCCACCCAAACCCAUCCAUACCCAAUCUAAGGAUCCAAAAACACACCAGUCUUACAAAAGCAAUACUCUAUUUGACUUGCUCAUCCCGAAAACCGGCCAGGGACUUUGGUUCCUUCUUAUAUAGCAAUACACUUGAACUCUUUUGGGCUUUAAGCUUCCUUGAGAUGUGAAUGUUCAGUUGAGUUUUACUCAAACUUGGCAUUGCAAUAUAGUCAUUUUCAUUGUAUAUUCACCACGUGUGUAUGUGUGGCUAUAUUAUAAAUACAUGCAUAUAUAUGUAUGGUCUAUGGUACUAUAAAUAUAUAUGUGUAGAUAUACCGAUGUACUUAUGUAUAUUUAUAUACAGUAUAUAUAUAUAUAUACAUAUACAUAUUCUUGGUAUUAAUUAUUUUAGAAUUGGAAAGUUAUCUGUAACCAUUAUAAUAAGAUGUAACUUUCUUCCAGUUUUAUAUAUACAGUAUAUGUAUACAGUAUACAUAUAUAUGCUAAGCAAUUUAAUCUCGUGAAUUAUUCUUGUGAACAUGCAAUAUGAAAGCCCUUUUCUUAAUCUACCUGUAGUAGAUUAGUAAUGCUUCCUUCUCUCUGACUCGAGCAGCUUCGCCGUGUCUUUUCGUCAGAUCUGCGCGCCUGCGCACUUGUGUUUUUGCUCAGUCAAAUAAAGUCUGGCGUUCUGGUUGGGUUAAGAGGUCAUCCUCCAAACAUCUGGCCACUGUGCCGCCUACAUCCACACCUCACAGACAUACACGCAGGUCUUUCAAAAGCACAUCACACGGCAGAUUUGCUUACACCUUCUGGCCGUUGGCUGAGGUGCAUACUCGUACACAUAAUCACGGUAUGAGGGGCAGCUAGUGCGACCUGGUCACUCUCACUUUCCCCUGCAAAAGCACAGGUGACUCUGUUUAAUGCGGCAUAGGUGGCCCUUCAUUUGCCUUUCCAAUAAUUUUGUCAUUCUUCUCAGGCCUGUUUCACAUGCACAUGAAAGUUUUUCACAUUUGGACAUAUAUAUAUAUAUAUAUAUAUAUAUAUAUAUAUAUAUAUAUAUAUAUAUAUAUAUAUAUAUAUAUAUAUAUAUAUAUAUAUAUAUAUAUAUAUAUAUAUUAUUGUACAUGUUGCAGCAUUUACAUUCAGCAUGAGUUUGUGUUACAGAAGCAUAGCAGCUACUUUCUGUGCUGUGCCUAUUCUUGCCGAAAAUAUGUUGAAAAUGUGCUUUGAACCUAUUUAUCAGCUGCAUUAAAGUCUCAAACACACAAACAGGAGUUUCUAUUCAGUAAAUCUGCCUGAAUCUAGAUUUUUGAAGCAGUUUAUAACAACACUUUGGGUUUGGGAUCAGUUCAGUGUAGAUUAAUUUAUAUUUGGAUUCAAGUGUGAUGUGAUCUUUGUGUAAAUUUUCAUUUUCAUGAUGAUCAGGUUGAUAGUAGUUCUCAGUGGCUAGCUGCCAGUAACUAAUUUAUGGUUGUUAUUAAAAGAGAUGGUCAAUGUAGUAACUCAGAAAUCACUCUUUUCUGGUUAGAACCGAGGUUUAGCAGAAACUGUCAUUGUGAAAGAGCAGCACAUGUUUUAAUGCCGCGCACACGUGUGUUGUGAAACAGGCCUGUUGAUGCAGCAAUGUGCGGUCGCGUUUUACUUUUGCGUUUUUCUUCAGCUGGUCUGUUGUAGCGCGACUUUAGGCUUACUAAUUAAUAACAGCACUAAAAAAACUCCCAGAUAUCAACCACAGAGCACAGUCAUGGGAAUAAGUCAGUUGAUAUUGUUUUAGCUGUGCUAUAUUCGGACUUAUAGCUAUUUGAAGAAGCAUCCUACCGUCAGGAUUGUAUUACUGUAGUCUGAAUGCGUAUCGUUAAGUAAUGAAAGUAAUUUUUAUAUCAAAAUUUUCCUUCACUUGUUACCUUCACGUGUAUAAGAAUAGAUAAUUCAACCAAUAUCUCUAGUAAUGUAUUGAUGUUUGUAUGUCAAAAUACUUUCGAUAAUUUACUGAGCGUUCAGUAACCAAUGGAAUGUCACAAUUUCUCACCGAAACCCAAAUGUAUAAGGCCCAGAAAGUUUGCAAAAACAAGACACGACUGACAUACUUUACCACCCAGCUCACACUGAAUGUGUCCCCUUAUAUAAAUCUCCCCAUGUAUUUAGUCAUAUUUUAGCUGUUGUGUUUGAAUGUGAAAUAUUGUAGCUCUCAAAUAGGAAAAGAUGGGAUAUAAUCACAGAAAUAUUACAGAAUAGUACUAGUUUAAUAGUUAUAGUACAGUAAUAGUUUAAUGAAAGCAAUAGUACAACAUGCAUCAUAUAAUAGUAACAGUUUAAAUAUACUUGUUUAACAUAAUGCAAUUUUUACUUUUUCUUUAAGUGGAACAUUUUUACAAAUUCAUUUUUCUGUUCCCCAACCAGACGAGACUUCGGUCAUUUUUGAGUUAGAGCUGGUAAGUCUUGUAUGGGUAAGUUUUGUGUAGAAAUGCAAUAGAUUUGAGAGAAAGGCGCAUCAAAAGACCCUGCAAUGACAAAAAUUAGAUGGCCUUUAUUUUUCUUUGAGCUUUAUGAAUGAUCGUACACACACAAGCCCCUUUCCACGAUGCCACACCAGCAUUAUACGGUUUAAACGACUGACAACUGGGAGUUAACGCUAUUAAUCUUAAAUUGAGUUAGUGAAAGCAGAGAAUAUUUUCAUUUUUGCAUCAGCGAUUCAAAGUCUUCCGUGUUAUUUAUGUUUAAUUAGUUUGCAAAUUAGUUGUUGGUGAUUAAAGUCAACAUGAAAUCAAAAUGUACCUUCUUAAUACAUGUUUUAUUGGCUUAUUAUGAAUGAUAGAUCACUGUAAGUUAAAAAAAAAAGUUUUUGUAAUUUUUCAUCUAACUGUAAUAAAUGCAUAUGCAGUGACAUUUGGCUGAUGUCAACCAUUUCUCCUUUGUCAGCCCCUUUUCUCUAAUUAUCUGGCUUGCUUAUAUGUAACGCUGUCAGUCAAUGCCCAGUGUUAAGAAAAACAACCUUACAGUAUGUUUUUCCUGUUUUGAAACUAUUUCACUUUGAAAUACAUACUGAAGUGAGUCGUGAAUGUCGUUUCAUGUUGACUUUAACCAAGAAUACCUCGUAAUAUGAUUUCUCAGACUCACAUGUGCUGCAAAAUAUUACAUAUAUCAAAGCAAUGUCUCAUAGUGAGCGAAGAUAUUACAGGGAUGUUUCAUUAAUCCAAAUCCAAUGUAA